CAAGAGAAGACAAGCCAACCCAGGGGGAGUACGGAGCCAGCCACCACAUCAGUCCUUUUCCCUGCCACUCUCGGGAGCAAUUUAGAGCCGCCAGAACUUCCAAGGGAGGCCGUCGAUCAGAUCACUCGCCGUCCACCCCUCCUUGACAAGAAUCAUCCCCAAGCAGAGAACAAUUUCUUACUGGACUUUUUACCCUCAUCAGGCAUCAUAAUCGGGGUAGGAUUGAGGUAUUGGCUGACGGCCUUACACCUUUUUCUAUCUAGGCUUAUGUGAGUGGAGCUCAUAGAGGCUAGUUCUUUAAGAAUAUGAUCCAUAUAUUUGAUAUUUAAAACUACUUGUUGCCCUUGCAAACCUACCUUAAUAAAACUUUCUUAUUUUGUAACCAUCUAAGAGUUGUCACCCAGUAUCUUCUGUGAUAUAAACGAGUAUGCAGUUUGAUAAAGAAUAAUUCCUUUGAGGUUGUUCCGGUAUUAUUGUACAUUAUAACAGGCCCCUCUGAGCGCUAAUAGAUAGGUAAAUUAUCCCAGGUCCUUUCCAACAGCAACAAACCAUUAGAGAAGCAGUCGUAAAGCAGAGGGUUCGGUGUCACCUAUAACCAAAAGCGGUUACUCUGGUUGUGCCUGGUCCGGAUGCAGCUGGGCUGCCUCUGCACAACUGAGGCUGUGAAUACCUGGGUGAGUUCCCCGUCGCCCCUGACUUAGUGGUCUCAUCCCUCAACGAGGGAGAUCUUACCUUUUAAACUGAGUAGACAGGUAGAGAGGUGCGCUUGCUUCUUACACGAGGGAGCAAGGGUCUUGCACCACUUAGGUAACUAGGGUUUAAACACGUGGCGUCCAAAGUGACGAUCGGUUUAGCUAUUUUGUACGGGAGCUGAACUCCGGAAGAACCCGAGUGGUAGGCUUAGUGGUUGUUUUUCUUCCCAAAACAAUUGUGAGCUCCACUUACAUAAGUAUGACCCUGAGGAUGGCGAGAAGCAGUUGAUCUUUGAGGAGAAGAGUUUCCUGGAAAAGAACAUUUUUGCCAGAGCGACCAAAAAGGCGACGGUAGAAGGACAAAGACUGUUUCCCGCUAAGGACUGUGAUUGUCAUGGAAUGAUCUAGCCACCCUUACCCGAGCGUCCAGUGAGAUGUGCAGUCAAGGGUGGGAAAGACUGAGACUGAACAGAAGAGUACGCCCAAGGAUUUUUGCAGUUUGGACUGAGUGGCCCUGUGAUAUUACUGGGGCUCAUCCUUUUCGUGGAUUGCUUGAUUUGAGGACGAUUCCCAUAAGGGACUAUCAAGAGGACCAAUGUUGAGCAACGCAUAGAGCAAAGCUAACGUGAAGGACAACAGUGAGCGCAAGGAGCGAAACAGAAGACAAGAACGGAACGGGGAGCCAAAGCAACGUGGCCAACCACAAGUAUCCAGCUGUCGCUGAACCCGAAGGCCUUCAGCUGAUACAAAACCUCUGUCGUGUCUGGUUGUUGACGAGUGACCAGUCCAGAAAGAAAGAGGCGCGGAGAAGGACUCAGUAAGGACUCGAGAAGGACUCGAGUAACCAGUUUGCUGCACUCCCUCCCUAGCUCAACCCGGAACGAGAGGCUUGGGAGAGCAGCAACUCACCACUACAACUACCGGAGUGAUUCCAUGAGAAGACAUGGCAGAGUCACCGGGGAAUCAAGGCGAGGCCAGGCCAAGAGUUUUGUCGCCCCAGAUGGUGGGACAACACUACAUACCAACUCAAAUCCUCCAUUGGGGGAGAAGCAUGGCCACCUGGGCUCAAAGGAUGAGACAGGAGUUUGAGGCACUGAACCCAACAACAGACCCUCUCCUGCUUCCAACCGUGGUGGAGAACCAGCUGAGGGAAGGAGGACAAGCUUUUGUCCAGGCGUUGAGGAAAUGCAGGCGUACGAGGCCGCAUACCCUGCAGCCCGAACCGGAUGCCAGUCCCAUAACAAUCUCAAGCACAGAGGAAGAGCCCAUAAGGGUUGAAUUAGUCAGGCGAGCCGAGCCUGCGAGACAAGGCCAGGCUGAGAGGGCACGGUCAUUCGAGGCACAAAGACUGGUUGAGCCAGCAAGACCAGUCGAGCAAGCGAGACAGGUUGAGCAGGCCAGACUGGUUGUGUCGGCCAGAGAAGUUGAGCAAGUACGGCCCGCAGAGCCAGCGCAACCGGUCGGUGAACCAAGACAGCCCGAGUGGGCACAGUCUAUUGCGCCUAACGUGUCUGCCGAUUGGACUGAAAAGAGUGGGAGAUCACUCAAGAUUGGUUGAUCAUGAACCAAAGAAAAUGGGCAAGACUCAAAGAUGAUCUGAUUCGCCACUACGUGUCCUGGAAUCCCUGCCGCAGGAGGCAGGGCCCUUGUAAAUAUAUGGGAACGGUGUAUUGUAUCAGUACGUUGGGAACCUAAGGGACCUGACAGCAGAUGCGCUGCUGAUACUCAAAGAUGACCAAUGCAAACCCCGGAACAAGAAGUUCAAGGCCAACCUGAGACUCCUGAUGGUAAACGAGUACCAAGGAGAAGUGAAAGAUGAACUGCAAAGAUGAAUGAGCAAGACAAGUAAAAUAAGUGUAAUGGCAAACCAGCGGAAGAGUGAGCAGAUACUGGCAAGUGGUCCACGUCCCCAUUAGGGCAUAUGAGGGCCAGCAGGAGGUGGAAGUCUACCAAAAGGAGAUGGUAAAGAGACUGGAUGAAGGGAUACGUGAAGCCGUUGACCGUGGGUCCCGGAGCAUUGUCAGGUACCUGGAUGGCCUGCGCCCCCAUACCCUCUCGUGGCUCGCGGCUUGAAUGUCCACCGAAGGAGCAAGCCAGAUAUAUCUAGAAAGGACACAUCUGGUGCAAGCCGGUACUGAAAUAGUGGUGGUGGCCUCACUUAAGCAGGAUGAGGAGAGGUUUGCCGCAACCCUGGCAGGAACAACACGCAAGGCAACCUUGGAAGCAAGACCUAGUUCCUCCCCAGUAGUGGUCAGUAAGAUCAGCUGCAUUGACCACCAGAGAGAGCUCCAGAGAGGGCCUUAGCCAGCAGAGAUGUCACGCAACAAGGGAACAGAGUCAGGGAGAGGGACAUCAGCCCCAGUCUGGCACCUUCUCUCAGGUAUUCGGGAGAAGAGACAUCGGGACCCAGAAGGGCAGCUGUAGCAUGGAGAGAACACCCCACCCCACACCAGGGGAGUGUAACCGCACAUAGUCCCAGUCUCAUAUUUGUGGAGGACAGACAGGAUAACAGGGCUCAGACCUUUGCACUGGACCAUGAUGUAGCUGUAAGAUGGCUGCGCAUCUUCGAGAUGAGGAGGCAAGGAAGACAUGGCUGCAAUAUGUCACGUCUGGCAGUAAAGGCCCAGAGGAGACCACUCAAGCUGUAUAUGACCGAUGGGUCGUCAACGAAGAGGACGAAGAAGACACCUGCAUGGCAGACACCCGAGAGAAGCUACGACAAGGCCAGACAUUGACACAGAUAUGGCACAGGAUGAAGAUGGCAGUGAUCCCCUCCAGAUAUGUAAGAGCGCUGCGCAAGGUGGUGGUGGGAGUUGAGAGUGAGCACAUCUUUGUAACCAUGAGCCCAGACUCAAGGCUCGAUCAGAUCGACGAGUCCAGUAAAAAAAUGGGACAGACUGAAGAAGCAUUACACUGACAAGCGUAAGGUGAAGCAGACGAUUAGCACCGACAGAAACACCAUUGAGCAGCGAUUGUUCCAGUGGUCAAGCCAACCACCAAAGUCUGCAGAGUUGUCAGCAGCGACAGGCAGCAGAAGGCCUGGCACCAGCACCUCGCCAAAAACAACAGGCAAAGAAAGUGGCUGGGGGAAAGGUGGAACAACCUCUUCUCCGAUGUGGAUGGACUACCCUAUCUGGUGGAUACGGGGGCCGAGGUGUCAAUGACCUGCACAACGGAAAGGACACUUGGAAGUUAUACUAGCAGACGGAUCCGCCAAAAGAAUGCCAGUUGGAAUAUGGAAAGGACUGAUAUUGAACAUUGGCCCCAACCACUUGUUGACCUUGAGAGAUGCUGAGGAGUUGCAUUAGAAGGGAACCAAGCACCGGUCCCUCAAAGAACGCUUGGAGACACUACAAUCAAGAGUUGUUAAGUUGGGCACAACUGGUUCCUCGUCCGGAGGAUUGUACAAGCUUGUGGAUGUGUCGUCUGUCAAGGUUCAACAAGUCCAAGAAAGCGACCUGUCACCGGCAGGAAAAGAAAGACUGGCCCAGAUCUUGGAGAGAGCCUCAGUGGCCCACUUUAAGAACGAUUGCGGCGAUCUGGGGCCUAAGUAUGUACAUACAAUUGAAGGAGGAGUGCAUCCCCCCGUGAGACCGUACCCACCGAAUCCAGGAGCAGUGGCCGAGAUGAAACACGAUCGUUAACGAACUACUGACUUUGGGCAUACUUCGUGAAGGGCCAUAUCCCCUCACUAGAAGCCCAAUUCAAGCGGUGAAGAAGCUCGAGUCUGUCGGAGGCGGUUGGUGAUCUCUCAUCAACUUCAAGGCCCUGAACCGUCGAACAGUGGCGAAUCGAGCCAGCUUGAUCAACACCCAAGCAUCCCUAAUGACUUUGACAGUGAAGAAAUACAAGUCGUGCAUAGACCUGGCAAAUGGAUUCUUCUCACUGAGAAUAGCUAAGACAUUGCAUGGAAAAACAGCAUUCACCCAUAGAGGAAAAGCAUACGCGUGGCAGAAGCUGCCACAGGGAUACAAGAAUUCCCCUAAAGUCUUCCAGUCAGCAGUCCUGCCGGUUUUCAAGGGACUACCAAGUGGACCGAGUUCCAAGUGGACUACCUGGGCUUUCACAGAUUUCCACUGAGUAGCCACAGAUUUGAGUCUCUCGGAUGGGUACAGGCAGAAGAUCGAACAAAUUUUGCCCCCUACCUCAGAGAACGAGCUACAACGGAUAUUGGGACUUUUCAAUUAUGUCCGGGACCAUGUCUGCCACAACCAGAAGCAUGCAAGACCUCUGUAUGCCUGGCUGAGGAAGACCGACACUGGGCAUGAAGGCGGCGCAGCAUGACCGUUGUCAGCCCAAGACCAAUAACAACUGGAGAAGCUGAAGGAAGCCAUCAAGGAAGCUGUAAGACUGGAACCGAGAAGCCUAACCACCUGCUUAACUGCCGAGUCAGGCGAAGGCGACAACACAGUGAUAGCCGUUAGGAAUAAAGGAGGAGGCCUAGUGACACUAUGGAGCUACACUUUAUCUUCUGUGGAGAAGACGUACCCAUUGCCCUUGCAAACCUAUCCUAAUAAACCUUUCUUCUUUUUUAACCAUCUAAGAGUUGGUAUGAAAGAGUAUGCAGUGUGAUAAAGAAUAAUUCCUUUGAAGUUGUUCUGAUAUUAUUGUACAUUAUAACAGGUCACUCUGAUCACUAAUUGGUCGGUAAAUUAUCCCAGGUCCUUUCCAAGAGCAACAAACCAUCAAAGGGGAAGCAGUUGUAAAGCAGAGGGUCCGGUGUCACGUAUAACCAAAAGCGGUUACUCUGGUUGUGUGUGGUCCGCCGCCACUGCACAACCAAGGCUGUGAAUACCUCGCCCCUGACUUAGUGGUCUCAUCCCUCAACAGGGGAGCUCUCUCCCUAUAAACGGAGUAGUCAGGUAGGGAGGUGCGCCUGCUUCUUACACGAGGGAGCAAGGGUCUUGCACCACUUAGGUAACGAGGCUUUAAACAGGGAAUAAAAUGAUAAUAUUACGAGAAGAAAAAUAAAAAAUAAGUAAAGUCAAAAUAUUAAGAGGAAAAACUUUGAACGUAACGAGAAAAAGUUUAAAAACAUAAUAUUGUAAGGAAAAAUAACAUCAUUUUGAUUUGAUUUGAUUUAUUUGAACAGUUGAACAUUUCAUUUAACUUCAGUAUACAUCACAUAUCACAAUUCAUAAUUCGACAUUUUCAAAGCAGUAGGAAGACGCAGAGCUUAUUCAAUCCUACCCCCUCUUUGUUUCACAUCAAUUGCUAAUACAUUUGUCAUUUGUCAUUUGCUAAUGUCAUUUUAGUAGUUAGCGUUGAAAUGUUAAAGAAACAGUGUAAUUUUUAAAAGUAAUAAUAUUAUGAUAAACAAACAUAACAAAAUAAAGUUGUAAUUUUAGGGAUAUUGGUUUGGGGGAAAAAAAUUACAAUAUGGGAAUAGAGUCAUAAUAAUACAAGAAGAAAAUGUACAGAAAGAAAGUUAAAAUUGUUGAAAAAUGUACAAAAAUAAAGAAAUGAAAAGAAUAUGAAGAGAAAAAUUGUCUUCUUAUGAGACAAAAUGUUGCAAUUUUACUAGAAUAAACUUAACAAUAUUAUGCAGAAAAAUAAUCAUUUUAGUAGCUAGAGUUGAAAUAUCAAAGAAAAAAUGUAAAUCUUUUAAAGUUGUAAUAUUAUGAAAAACAAACAAAACAAGAUAAAGUUUUCAUUUUUGGAAAAUUAGGUAAAGUUAUCAUAUUAUGGGAAAAAAGUCAUGAUAUUGCGAGAGGAAAAGUUACAAACAUUAUUUAUGAAGAAAGGUGAAAUAUUUUGAAAAUUAAAAAAAAACAGCAAAAUUGGGAAAAAGAGCAAAGCGUAAUUGUCUUUUUCAGCUGUGUGACAAAGCUAAGGUGAAAUAUAUAUAACGUCUUUGUCUAUCUGCAUGUGUUGCUUUACAAAACAUAAAAAUGGCCCUUGCUUUUUUUAUUUUUAAUUUUUUACUUUUAUUUAUUUAUUUAAAUUUUACAUAUUAAAAAAUAAAUAAAUAAAUAAAUAAAUAAUAAAAUAUGGCCCUUGCUGGAAAAAGUUAGGACCCCCCUGGACUAUAUGAUCUUUGCAAAGGCAGAAUUUUGCUGUCGACUUCUCCUUUUUAGCGCAGCGAGUCAACAGGAAGUGAGGCCAAACCACAGCACAGUCAGAAGAAAGGUUGCGCUUGUUUCAACACGUUGCACGCGGCUGUGACACAAAGCGAAGGGGCAGCGUUUCUACGCUCGUCUCUCAUCUGUACAGCGGGAGUGUGUGUGACCCCACCGAGGCCAACCACAUCAACGCCGGACGAGGAGGAGGAGGAGGAGGAGGAGGAGGGCCGACAAGAUGGAAGCGUCCACUCUCUGCUGAGAUGAUCUUUUAGAAGAGCACAAAGGGUGAAGGUUAUGGCGUGCACAGGGCUCCAAGCGGACGUGGCUCUUGACGGCAGCCAGGGAGAUGUAAAAGAGGGCGUGGCGACAGAGAGACUCAACUGCGGGUCUGCUCCGAAAACGGCAGAGGAGGAGAACAAAGAGGAGCCAGCUGUUAAAGCGGCUUCAGAGGAGCUCCAGACUAACACUGAGGAGGUUUGCGUGGACGUUAAUGACACACUGGAGGAUGCAGAGGAUGGACCGAUGAGAGGGGAGGAUGAAAGUGUCACACCAGAGGACCUUCUCUUGGACUUCAAGACGCUAACGUGGCCUGAGCUCCACGUUGAAGGCUCGCCGAGCCAUGGGGAGGAGGGUGCCAAGAAGGCUCGCCGGCUCACCCCCGACUUCCCGGAGGCGCUGUACGAGCUGCUGUGCACCCUGCAGGAGGGCCGGCGCCUCAACGACCAGCGCUGCUCCUUCAGGCUGGAGAGUGGCAUGAGGAGGAGGUGCCACUCCGAGCCCAACGCCACCAAGCCUGCCAACAGAGUCAUCUUCUCCUCCAUGACGUCGCUGCAGAGGGAGGAGUUUUUUGAGCUGGUGGCCACGGCCCAAGCUCGCCGCUUGGACGACCAGAGGGCGCAGCUGCAGAAGUCCGCGCGGGCGAAACAAAAAGCCAGGAGUUUCCGAGGCAGCAUAAAGCACCUUUCCUUCGUGAGGAGGCCUGAAAAACCAGCCCCCGUCCCCAAAGAGGAGCUGUAUGACAUGAUCCUCACCACGCAGGCCCAAGGCAGGCUGGAGGACCAGCGUAGCCGGGCUCCAGGGCCCAUGGACGACGAGGACUUCUUCUCUCUGCUGCUGAAGGUCCAGGGGGGCCGCAUGGACGAGCAGAGGACUGAACUACCAUGCAUGCUGCAAACCUAAGAUGGAUUGAAAUACAGAGAUAUCCUCGUAUUGUAGCUUGAAUGUGACUUUUUUUAAUGUAAAUUGUAUUUGCCGUCUUAAAACGUGAAGUUUUACAUGCCAUUAAAUGUCUGCUUGCAGUCUCUGGGACACUCGGACUAUUGGGAUCAUUUUCAUUUGACACAAAAAUUAAAAAAGAAACUUAAUUCCAGCCUUUUGCUUUCUUUGUUCACUCGUAUUCAUUUCCGAGUACACACAAACACAUAAGAGUCCUUCCACCUAAAAUCCACACUCAUUUACCCAAAAGGGCUAAUUGUUAUCAACCAGUCAUGUUU